CGGACACACCUCCGCCCUCCUUCCUUCCCCACCGCAAUGCUCGCCCGCUCGCUGAUCGCCGGCCGCCGCGCCAUGCUGCGCAACGCGCGCUCGCUCCACAUCGCCAAGGACAUGACGGAGCUCAUCGGCAACACGCCGCUCGUGUACCUGAACCGCGUGACCGAGGGCUGCCACGCCAAGAUCGCCGUCAAGUGCGAGUUCAUGGAGCCCUGCGCCUCGGUGAAGGACCGCAUCGGUCUGAGCAUGAUCCUGGACGCCGAGAAGAGCGGCCGUCUCACCAAGGACACGCACAUCAUCGAGCCCACCAGUGGCAACACCGGUAUCGGUCUGGCCUUCGCGUCGGCCGUGCGCGGCUACAAGCUGACGCUGGUGAUGCCCGACACCAUGUCGAUGGAGCGCCGUAUCCUGCUCAAGUCUUUCGGCUGCAACGUCGUGCUGACGCCCGGCGCCAAGGGCAUGACUGGCGCUGUGGCCAAGGCUGAGGACAUGGUCAAGAAGGAGGCCGGCAAGGCUCUGACCCUGGGCCAGUUCGACAACCCGGCCAACCCCAAGAUCCACUUCGAGACCACGGGCCCCGAGGUCUGGCGCGACACGGACGGACAGGUGGACUUCUUCGUGGCCGGCGUGGGCACGGGCGGCACCCUCACGGGCACGGCCAGUUACCUGAAGCCCAAGAAGCCCAGUGUCAAGAUCAUCGCUGUGGAGCCCGAGGAGAGCCCCGUGCUGUCGGGCGGCAACCCCGCGCCCCACAAGAUCCAGGGCAUCGGCGCCGGCUUCGUGCCGCGCGUGCUCGAGCGCGACCUGAUCGACGAGGUCAUCACGGCCAGCAGCCCGGACGCCUUCGCCAUGGCCAAGCGCCUGGCUCUCGAGGAGGGCAUCCUUGUCGGCCCGUCGUCGGGCGCCGCGGUCGUAGCCAGUCUGGAGCUGGCCAAGCGCCCGGAGAACAAGGACAAGCUCAUCGUGACUAUCCUGCCCAGCUUCGGUGAGCGUUACCUGUCGUCGGCUCUGUUCGAGAAGGAGCGCGAGUUCGCCGCCAACCUGCCGACGUCGGAGCUACCCUAAGCAGGCAGGCAGACCGGGUUCGCUGUGCUGUUUAACGCAAGCACUGUAGCUUCGUGUUCCAUAGCGUAAGUAGUUAUCGAUCUGCUGUAGAUCUCUAGACAGGGAGGGAAACUUCGUGUCGACAGUUAGUGCCGCACGCACAACCAAUAUAUUCCAUUCGAACUA